CCGUUAAGGUGGUGAUUGACUAGUAACAUUUCGGUGUAAUGUAUCGUUCGCGGCGAUCGUGUUACAUUACAGUUACAUUACAGCUACGCGGCGAACGCUCGCCCUGAGCGCUCUGUUCGUUUGUGCUCCAUUCUGUUUCAAAAUGUCGGAUAUGGAGGUCGCGUGUGCUUCACUUAUUGUACUAAGUUAUUGCUAUCUAAAAUACAAGAAGAAAAAAACGAAACGAUAUUGGAUAUCUAAUUUGUACCAAAGAAGGAACUAUGAUACGAAUAUAAUGAAUAUUCUUCGAAACCAAGAGUUUACUGGACAAUACAGAAACUUUAUUAGAAUGUCGUCUACCGAUUUCGACCGACUCAUUAAUUUAAUUGGACCGUUAGUGGGCAAGCAAGAUACAAGAUUGAGAAAAGCUAUAUCUGUUACAGAUAGGCUAGCAGUUACACUACGUUUUUACGCUUCUGGAGAUUCUUUUACAAGCUUGCAAUAUCUUUUUAAAAUUUCUAGACAGAGAAUAGGCUUCAUAGUAAAGGAAGUCAGUGAAGCAAUAGUGAAAGUAUUGAAGAAUUGUAUAAAGAUGCCAACAACACCUGAGGAAUGGCAAGGUUUAGUACAACAAUAUGACACAUUAUGGAAUUUCCCCCAUUGCCUGGGCUCUAUGGAUGGCAAACAUGUAAUAAUACAAUCACCGAUGAAUAGUGGAAGUGAUUUUUAUAAUUAUAAAAAUUUCUUUAGCGUCGUAUUAUUUGCUGUAGUUGACGCUAAAUACAACUUUGUAUAUGUAAAUGCGGGAUGUCAAGGAAGAAUAUCGGACGGCGGUGUAUUUAACAACUCUGAACUUUGUCAAAGAAUAAAAAAUAAAUCGUUAAAUAUUCCUGAACCCAACCCAUUACCUUUGCGAACUCUAGACAUCCCAUACUAUUUCAUUAGUGACGAAGCUUUUGCCCUUUCAGAAAAUGUAAUGAAAGUUUACUCGGGAUUCCAUGCAAAAGGGUCUAUAGAGAGAACAUUUAAUUACAGACUUAGCAGAGCGAGAAGAGUAGUGGAAAACGUAUUUGGUAUAGUUUCAGCAGUUUUUCGAGUGUUAAGAAAGCCUAUGUUAUUAGAACCAAACCACGCCUCUUCAGUAGUAAUGGCAAUAACGCAUCUUCAUAACUAUCUCAGAAAAAGUGAUGAAUCCAGUGACAUUUACACACCUUCAGGGACAUUUGAUCAUGAAAUAGAAGGAGUUGUUAGACCAGGAAAUUGGAGAAACGACAGCGAACUUACAAGCCUUUUCGCUUUGGAGAGGCGACCGCGUAGAACAAGUACAACAGCGAAACAAAUACGCCACGAAAUUGCAGAAUACUGUUCACGGGAGGGAGCUUUGAACUGGCAAGAAAGAUAUACUUAGAAAAACUUACCGUAUCAUUUGUAUUUCGUGGUUUAUUUCGGUCCAACACAAAUAGUAAUGGUUUAAAUGCAAACCAUGUACUAGUAUAGAUUUCGUCGGCACCUGAAAAAUAAAUAAUAUCAUUAGGACACUUUAAAAAUAAAUACUAUAAACAAGCGA